UAUUUUUAACUUCACGUGGCUCUCAAUAUGAAGAAGUGAAGAAAAGCAAUUUAGUAUCUCUACAAAGCAUUUUCUUUACUAUUUUCUCUAUUUUCUCUCUGCGGUUUUCUUUCUUAUAAAAAGAAGAGAGGACGAAGGAGUGAUUACUAUCUUUACGGAGGACAGAGAAUAGGUGGUCAUCGCGCAGGAUCAGUGCUGCUGCGUUUAACUUCUUCAGUCUGUGCACGCCCGAGCAGCCAGCACCAGCAGCAACUUCCAGCGUCUCAAACUUGUCGAGUCUUUGUCUUUCUUUUCCUUGUCAAGUGUCGUUAUGGCUUCUUCGUCUUGGCCGCGGCAGUCCUCAGAGGUGCCGAUACUUCACAGCUCGCGGAGUAGUCAAUCAUUAAAUCUCGAAGAGCAGCAAUUCACAUCACCCACCACCACCACCGACGACACUUCCCACCCCGACUUCAACCGACCGCGCGCGACCCACAGUUUCGACUACCGUCUCGAAGACGACGACCCGUUAGCAGACGACGGCGCGCUCUCGAGUCCCUUCCGGUCGCAGCACGAGAGCCUGCUGUCGCGGAUCGAGGCCCCCGCCGUGACGCUGGCCGGGAUCGAGUCUGAUGUGCCGGACGGCGCGCUUCCUGGGAGUCCGCCGGCGGAGAAGAAUGGGAUGAAGAUGGCGUUUAUGAAUAUGGCGAAUAGUAUCAUUGGCGCGGGGAUCAUUGGGCAGCCGUAUGCGAUGCUGCAGUGUGGGUUGGUUGCGGGUGUUACGUUGUUGAUCGUGCUCACCUUUGUGAUUGACUGGACUAUAAGGUUGAUGGUCGUGAAUGCAAAGCUGUCCGGGACAAACAGUUACCAAGCGACGGUAUCAGCCUGCUUCGGGCGCGGCGGCUACCUCGCGAUCUCGCUCGCGCAGGGUCUUUUCGCCUUUGGCGGCUCGAUCGCCUUCACCGUCAUCAUCGGCGACACGAUCCCGCACGUCAUGCUCGCGCUCUUUCCCGGCGCGGCGAAUAUCCCCGUGCUGAACCUGCUGACGAUGCGCAGCCCGGUGAUGAUCAUCUGCGUGCUGUUUAUCUCGUUCCCGCUCAGUCUGAGCAAGAACAUUGCCAACCUGGCAAAGGCGUCGCUGAUGGCGCUGAUCAGUAUGUUUGUCAUCAUCAUCUCCGUCGUCGUCGAGGGCAUCCGCGCGCCGAGCGAGCUCAGAGGGAACUUUUCGACCCCGCUCUGGACUAUCAAUUCCGGCGUGUUCCAGGGCAUCGGCGUCAUCUCCUUUGCGUUUGUAUGCCACCACAACUCGCUGCUGAUCUACGGCGCCCUACGAAAACCCACGCUCGACCGCUUCGCCCGCGUCACGCACUGGAGCACAGGCGUAUCGAUGCUCGCAUGCAUGACGCUCGCGCUGGCGGGUUUUCUCAGUUUCGGCGACCGCACGGACGGCAACGUGCUCAACAACUUUGACGCGUCAAACGUGAUGAUCAACAUCGCGCGCUUCUGCUUCGGCUUCAACAUGCUCACCACUUUCCCGCUCGAGAUCUUUGUCUGCCGCGAAGUCCUGCUCGAUUACAUCUACUCCACAUUCAUCCCCCUCCCCUCCCCUUCAUCCACAUCCGCAUCCUCCCCCUCCUCCCCCUCCUCACCAAUAAUCGACCCCUUCGCGCCCCGCGAACCCUCCCUCCGCGCCCACCGCCUGACAACAGCAGGCCUAACCAUCAUCACCCUCCUCGUCGCCCUCGUCGUCGGCAACCUCGGCAUCGUGCUCGAAGUCGUGGGGUCCACAUCGGCCUGCAUGCUCGCGUACAUCCUCCCGCCGCUAUGCUACCUCAAGCUCGCGUCGUCGCAGGAAAGCAGGCGGUGGCGCGCGCGCGCGGGACCGAUUGCGUGCGUGGUGUUUGGGGUCACGGUCAUGGUUGUUUCGACGGGGCUGUCGAUUGCGAAGGCGUUCGAUUAGUUCAAAAGUGUUUUUGUACUUGUUCUCGUAUUUGUUUUUGGUUUGUAUAUAUGGCAUAGAGGUCGUCGUUCAUUCUAGACAUGAAAUUAUAGAUUUCCUGGUGCUUGAAGAUGAUAAAAAACAGUAUCACUCAAAACAGAACGAGGCGACAGUUGUAUAUUUUCGGGCGUUGUUUAUAGAGCUAGUUAUAGAGAAUUAAUUGCAUUGCUUUACCCUUUUGUCGAUU